GUCCGCCUACGAGGGCAACAUCGUAAUUCAAACACUGUUACACCUUAGAAACAAGAAGACAAAAAUGUUAGAGACGAAGCCUGAGCAAGCAAGCAUAUUUUCAUGGUUUCUUCAAUCCUUGACCGUGUUCAGCAUCUGAUAUCAUCAUUGUUGGCUGUCUUCCUUAGGGCUUCAGAGUAAUAAUGGGGAUCAAGCGCACAAGGAUUGGUCUUCAAAAUGAAAAUGGGGACAAACUUCCAGUCCCGCCAGGUUUUGCAUCUCUGACAUCCUUUAAGUUGAGGAAAGUAGAAAGUAGUGAACCCACCACUAAUUCCAUGGCCUCUGCAAGUGCAUCUAAAGGAAAUGCAAUCCAGAUGGAUAAUGCAAUUGAUGUUAAAUCAUUGAGAAGAUCUUUCUGUUGCAGACCAUGGAUACUUGACAACCAGAACAAUCACAAGCAAGAGGAAUCUGAUCCUGAGCAAGUUGUCAUGGAUCAUCCUUCAAGAAGAUGCCUUCCAAAAGGGGUUGCCCGUGGAUGCCCACAUUGUAGUAAUUGUCUGAAGGUAAUUGCUAGGUGGCGUCCUGAAGAUGCAAUAAAGGAUGUCCUUGAAGAGGCUCCCGUUUUUCAUCCAACUGAAGAGGAAUUUAAAGACACAUUGAAGUAUAUUGCAAGCAUACGUCCCAGAGUGGAGGCAUAUGGAAUUUGUCGUAUUGUUCCUCCUCCUUCAUGGCACCCCCCUUGCCUUAUCAAGGAAAAGAACAUUUGGGGAAAAUCUACUUUUGUUGCACAAAGUCAACGGAUAGAUGGACUUCAAAACCAAUAUGGACAGGGCCAAAUGGCUAGAACUUGUGAAAAUGGAAGCUGCAAGAGCAGCUUCAAGAUGGAUUUGGAUGAUCCUGAUGGUGUUGGAAGCUCUGACAUUGAAGGUUCUGAAUCUGAAACUGGUCCAGAAUUUACUCUUGAAACUUUCAAGAAAUAUGCUGACAAUUUCAAGAGUCAAUACUUUUGUGCUAGAAGCAAGGUUGUGGUUUCAGAAGUGGAUCCCACUCUGCAUCAAGAGAGCUGGGAGCCAUCAUUGGAUAAUAUUGAGGGUGAGUAUAGACGAAUUAUUGAUAAUCCUACUGAAGAAAUUGAGGUACUUUAUGGAGGAGACCUAGACAGUGGAGUUUUUGGCAGCGGAUUUCCUACCAAAUCCAUUUUCACAAAAAUAUCUGAUUGUGAUGAAUACUUGAACUCAGGCUGGAACUUAAAUAAUACACCAAGGCUUCCCCGUUCUCUUCUUUCAUCUGAAAGCUUUAACACUUCUGGUCUUCUUGUGCCUCAAAUAAGAAUAGGAAUGUGCUUCUCAAAAUUUUGUUGGUUGAUUUUUGAAAGACAGAAAGUUGAAGAGCACCACUUGUACUCACUCUGUUACAUGCAUCUGGGUGCCCCUAAAAUAUGGUAUGGCAUCCCAGGGAGGUAUAAUGUUAAGUUUAAGGCUCUUCUGAAGAAACAGCUUCCAGAUAUGUUAGCGGAACAACCUAAAUUGCGGGAUAGGCUGGCCGAUAAACUAUACCCAUCUACAUUGAAGUCUGAGGAUAUACCUGUUUAUCGUUGCAUUCAGUAUCCUGGGGAGUUUGUUCUUGUCCUUCCAGGAGCAUAUUAUUCUGGAUUUGAUUGUGGGUUUAAUUGUGUUGAAGCAGUAAAUGUUGCUCCACUUGAGUGGUUGCCAUAUGGGCAGAAUGUUGUAGAACUCUACUGUGAACAGGGGAGAAAGACAUCCAUUUCCCAUGAUAAGUUAUUGUUGGGUGCAGUUAGGGAAGCUGUUAGGGCACAGUGGGAAAUUUCACUGUUGAAGAAGAAUACUACAGAUAAUCUAAGAUGGAAAGAUGCAUGUGGAAACGAUGGUAUCCUAGCAAAAGCGCUCAAGUCACGAAUCAAGCUGGAAGGCAAUAGAAGGAAUUACCUUUGCAACUCUUUGCAAUCACAGAGGAUGGACAAAAAUUUUGAUGCAACAAGCAAAAGAGAAUGCAGUAUAUGUUUCUAUGAUUUGCACCUAUCUGCAGUGCGGUGCCAAUGUUCUGCAGACAGAUACUCAUGUCUUAAUCAUUCGAAGCAGCUAUGUUCCUGUGCUUGGAGUGAAAAGAUCUUUCUAUUCCGUUAUGAAAUCAGCGAGUUAAAUACUCUUGUUGAAGCCUUGGAAGGAAAACUAAUUGCAGUCUACAGAUGUGCUAGAGAGAUUUUUAAAAUAUCACUGUACUGCACCAUCUCUGAAGAUAGUUCGCAAGCAACGAGGGGCAUUGGUGGUCUAGAUUCUCACAUAAAAGAAUCACGAGAGAGAGAGCCCAAGUCCCAACAACAUACAGCAACAUCCAGGAGUACUGUUUCAAGCAUAAGGGAAGAACUAAAGACGCGCCUGCUCCAAUCAAGAUCCUUGAAUGUACAAAAGCCGAAGCAGAACACAACAGCAUCUGCAUUUGUUACAAGUGCUGCUGCGAAUGAUUCAUUUUUAACAUCGACAUCUGGAAGUACAAGUGUCUCAAGUUCCUCAGAGUCAGGGACAUUCAGUAAUUGCAAAUAGCUUGACAAAAAUGAUAGUUUUUUUUUUCCCCCAUCUCAAAUGUUUCUGCAUAUCAUCCUUAAAAAAAGAAUUACAAGGUUUAGCUACCUGCUUCAAGUUCAAGUUAUGAAGUGGUUUCACUAAACAAAAUGGCUUAUGAGUUUGUUGGUAUAUACAGAGAAAUCAGAUUGGUCUAUUAACAAUUGUGAAUUAGUAGUAUAACAGUUUCGAGUUCGUACUAAAAUUGAGAAAUUAAUGUUGUAUGCUUAGUUUCUUUUCACAA